AUGAGUUCAACUGGAGGAAGCGGAAGAAUAAGAUACAACCGAAGAUCAAAAUCGCCAGAAACUCAACCAGCAGUCCUCAGCAUCAGCCGUGGAAAGCUCAAUCUCACCGUGAAACAACAAGAAGCACUGAACAAGAAGAAGGAGCGGCGCAUGGUGAAAGCGAGAACCACCUUUUGCGUUCUGAUGGAUGUUGACCAGAUCACACGCGAAUUGAGGGUAACAAAUCCUGGAUUUGAUGUUGACACUUUGCAGCGUCGUGUUCAAGCUUUUCUCAAAAAGGCAGCUCCUAGUUCUAAGAUUCACAACGGAAAACUAGUUGGAGUUGGGAACAUGAGGAAAUUCUUCGCUGGUCAGAGAAGAUCUACUACUUGGGAGGGAGUGUAUGUUCAUGACACCUUUGCUAGAACACUCCAGUGCAAACACUGUGACCGGGUCUUUUGUCAAGCAUAUGACAAUAACCGAAAGACAGCUAUGUACGAGAGCCUCACAGAUGUUGCUGAUGCCUAUUUAGAGCACCUUAUUCUCAGCCAUGCAAGGAAGUAUCCCGACCACAAAUUAUUGAUUAUUGGAGGGGAUAGGGAUUUUGUUCGCUGCAUCGACAUUCUAGGCCUUGGUGGAGGAGAAGUUUACCUGGCAUUAUCAGACUCUUGCAGCUUGGACUUCAAGAAUGCUGUAGAGGCAAAACAUACGGUGCCAUUCAGUGUAAUUGUUGCCACGCCCCCAGCACCAAAAGCCUGA